AUGGAUGAUACUAUUAUCAAAUAUUGGCUAAAGCCAUCAACAUAUAAUACAGUAUUAACUGUUUAUGCAAGUCUACCUUUUAUUAUAGUUCCUGCUUUAUUCUUUGUAAAUGCGCCUUAUGGAAAAUUUGCAGGAAAAUUGGGUAUUGAUUGGAGUUUAUCCGGGAAAUGGAGUUGGUGUGUAAUGGAAUUAAUAUCUCCUAUUACAUUUAUUGUUUCAGUUGUAUUAACAAGACCUACUGGAACUCACUUUCAGAUCAUCAUGAUAUCUGCAUGGAUAUUACAUUAUUUAAAUCGUAGUAUUAUCUAUCCAUUCAGAGCGCCUUCAAUGGCACCUAUUCAUAUCCUCACCUUUUUAAGUUCGAUCGUCUUUAAUUUGAUGAAUGGAUACACAAAUGGUAUGUGGAUUGCUAGACAUAGUCGUGGUAUCAACGACCUUCAAUUUUGGACAGGUAUGGUUUUAUGGGCCCUAGGAUGCAUAUCGAAUAUAUACCAUGAUACUAUUCUAUUUAAAUUACGUUUAAAGAAAAAGGAAAAGGAAGAACAAGAACAUGAAAGACAACGCUACUUUAUUCCUUAUGGAGGAUUAUUUGAAUAUAUUAGUUGUCCUAAUUACUUUAGUGAAACGAUAGAAUGGAUAGGUUAUGCUAUAGCUAGUCAUAGUAGUUUACCAGCCAUUGUUUUUGCUAUUGGUACAGCAGCUAAUUUAUUUCCCAGAGCAUGGCGUACUCAUGCUUGGUACAGAAAAGAAUUUAAACAGACUUAUCCCUCAUCCAGAAAAGCUAUUAUUCCUUUUUUAUUCUAA